CCUCCACAUUGCAACCUCUGAACCAAACGUUAUCUUUGUUCAUUUUCCCAUUUUAGUACCCUUUAGAAAGUUCUUCAAAAGUGGUACUGUCCCUCCACAUUGCAACCUCUCUCUUUUUUCUUUUUUUUAAGUUCUUGUCGGAGACUCUUUCUUCAUUGCCAUGGCUGUGGCAGAGUUGAACCCCACUUGCUCAAAAUCUCUUCUUUACUCAUCCCAAGUCUCGUUUAUAUCAAGGAAUCUCCCUAGACACCGCCAUUGUGCUUUUGCACCGCUUCAUAGAACUCAACAUGCUAGGAUUUCUUGCUCUGUUGCACCAAAUGAAGUGCAGGUGCAAGCUGUGCAAAACAAGGAUCCUAAGAGUAAGUCUGAUUGCUAUGGGGUCUUCUGCCUUACCUAUGAUUUGAAGGCUGAAGAAGAGACAAGAUCCUGGAAGAAAUUAAUUAACAUCGCAGUCUCAGGUGCUGCUGGAAUGAUUUCCAAUCAUCUACUUUUCAAGCUUGCAUCUGGUGAAGUGUUUGGUCCAGAUCAACCUAUUGCUCUGAAAUUAUUAGGAUCAGAAAGGUCACUCCAAGCUCUUGAAGGUGUUGCAAUGGAACUAGAGGAUUCUUUGUUUCCUUUGUUGAGGGAGGUUAGCAUUGGUAUUGAUCCUUAUGAGGUGUUCCAAGAUGCAGAAUGGGCUUUGCUAAUAGGUGCAAAGCCUCGAGGACCUGGAAUGGAACGUGCAGGCUUGUUAGACAUAAAUGGACAGAUUUUUGCUGGACAGGGAAAAGCAAUAAAUGCUGUGGCAUCCCGCAAUGUCAAAGUUAUAGUAGUGGGAAACCCUUGCAAUACAAAUGCAUUAAUCUGCUUGAAGAAUGCUCCUAACAUUCCUGCAAAAAAUUUUCAUGCUCUAACUCGCUUAGAUGAGAACAGAGCAAAAUGCCAGCUAGCCCUCAAGGCUGGUGUUUUCUAUGAUAAAGUGUCAAAUAUGACGAUAUGGGGCAACCACUCAACUACUCAGGUCCCUGACUUCUUAAAUGCCAGAAUCGAUGGUUUGCCAGUCAAAGAUGUGAUUAAGGAUCAAAAGUGGUUAGAGGAAGAGUUCACUGAAAAGAUUCAAAAGAGAGGUGGUGUGCUUAUUCAAAAAUGGGGAAGAUCAUCAGCUGCAUCAACUGCUGUGUCCAUUGUCGAUGCCAUACGAUCUUUAAUCACUCCUACUCCAAAGGGUGAUUGGUUUUCCACUGGUGUAUAUACCAAUGGAAAUCCUUAUGGAAUAGCUGAAGAUAUUGUUUUCAGUAUGCCAUGCCGAUCAAACGGAGAUGGUGAUUAUGAACUUGUCAAGGAUGUUAUAUUUGAUGACUACCUCCGACAGAGAAUAGCCAAGACUGAAGCUGAGUUGUUGGCAGAGAAGAGAUGUGUGGCUCACCUAACAGGCGAGGGAAUUGCUGUUUGUGAUCUACCUGGUGAUACUAUGCUCCCAGGAGAAAUGUAACAGGCCAAUCUCGUGAAUGUCAAAUCUGAUAUUGAAUUAAGAUCACACUGAUUGAUUUGAAUAAUGGUUGUUAUGGAAUAAGCGUGCAAAAAUUUUACUUAGCAAUAUUAAAAGUUUAAAAACAUUCAUUUGAUUUUAGAAGCAUAAAACUUUUGAAUAAUGUGAAUAGGAUGUUGUGAAAGUAAUUUAUACUUAUGUAACUUGAGAUGGCUUGCCUAAAUUAUCUUGUAAUACAAAUCGAACUACCAAGUUAGUGAGUUGAGCAUAG